AACAACAUUGCGGAAAACGGACCAGAUCAUUAGACGACAUCCCCUCCACCGAAGCAUCCGUACAUAUACUUGACAUACGCUUCUACGUAUCCAAUCCUUUCUUAAAGUUUUGGUGGGCUGUAAAAUGGAGCCGGCGCCUAAUGGCGAAGAACCCGCUUCCUGGGAUGAGCUAUACAGCAUAAACUUGAUGCCAUCAGAGUUGUUCCUCAAGUUUAGAAAAGAAAUUCAGGGAUUUCGAGUUGGUGUCAAUUUGGAGUUCUACAAUGCUCCAACCAAUGAUUUCCAAACAAAGCUUGUGCUGAAGCCUUUAUCUCCUGAACGGAGGUGGAAGUUUGCAUAUGAGCCUAUACAUCAAGAUGUACGCCUUCUUUCGAAAAAGAUCCCUGUGACCAAAUUUCUUAAUCUCCAGGUCGGCAUAGGCCAUAAUUUCAAGUUAAAUGCAACGGGUUGGAAAUGGAAGCUCACCACCUGUUUGGGUGGAGAUGGAGUUUCUCGGAUUCGGAAUAAGACAACACUUGGCUUGGUUCCUGGCCUGGAUUUUCGAUUUGGGUGGAGAGCUGAUUAUGUUCUUCCAGAAAUUACAGGAGCUCUUGGUACUGAUGAACCAUUGUUCAACAUGAACUCUGGGCGGUUGCAAGCUUCGCUAGAUAGAGUUGAGGCCAUUCUGACUCAUUCAUCAUGAUUGGUGGUCAAAAUUUCAGCAGGGUCAGCUUGAAUUGAAAUUGAUAGGAUGAUUUUUCCAUGCAUGGAUGGAGGUACACUGAUCAACACCAAGUUUACUUAUUAAACACCAAUGUAGCGGCUCUUAUGUAUAGCAUUAAGUUGCCAUGGCAUGAGUGAAUCAGGGUUACCAAAUAAAAAAUUUCCCUGAAAUUAAAACAAAUUCAUGUAUGAAAUUGGCUUCAUUAUAAUGGUAGCGUUAAUUGCUUCUUGGUC